AUGAGCAACCUCUACAGAACCCUGACCGGUCAAUCGCAAAAGUCGGAUCAUUCUGUUGGCACACAUGCACAUCCGACCUUGACGAGAACAACCACCGCAGACCCUCUAACCGGCACCCUCAAUCAUUUAAACCCUAUUCAAGAACAAAAGCUCCACGAGUUCAAGCAGCGCCUGCAAGAGGGGGGAUGGUGGUCGCCCGAUGGGGUCAAUGGAAAGCCUACCCACGAUGACGGAACUCUACUCCGAUACCUGCGCGCCCGGAAGUUCGACGUCCAAGGUGCAAUCGGACAGUUCACAGAGACGGAGCAAUGGCUCAAAGAGCAGCGGGUAGAUGAGCUUUACAAUAACUUUGAUAUUGAGGCGUAUGAGAAGGCACGGAUAGUGUAUCCCCAAUGGACCGGUCACCGGGAUAAACGAGGCAUUCCCAUCUACGUCUACGUGAUCAAGGGUCUUGACGGCAAAAGCGUGCAGAAAUACCAGAAAGACUCGCAGGCCUACAAGGACAGUCUUCCGAACCACAAGAAUCUCGCUACACCCGCCAAACUCCUUCCUCUGUUCGCACUAUAUCAGAAUCUGCUCAACUUCGUCCUACCCUUCGUUUCUACGCUCGAGAGACCGAAUCCUGAAGUCCCCGUCACCAACUCCACCAACAUUGUCGAUAUUUCGGGUGUGGGAUUGACGCAGUUCUGGAACUUGAAGGCGCACAUGCAGGAUGCCUCUAUUUUGGCGACGGCACACUACCCCGAGACCCUGGACAGAAUAUUUAUAAUUGGCGCCCCUGCAUUCUUUCCUACUGUCUGGGGUUGGAUCAAGCGUUGGUUCGAUCCCGUAACCGUCUCCAAGAUCUUCAUCCUCAGCAAAAAUGACGUGAAACCUACCUUGUCCAAGUUUAUGGACACAAAAGACUUUCCCAAACGUUACGGUGGUGAUCUCAACUGGGAUUGGGGUGAUCUGCCACAUCUGGACGACGAGACCCGUGCAGCUCUGGAGAGAGACGGGAACAAGGGCUGGGUAAGGGGACCCUGCCUUUGGCUCAACGGGCAGAGAGUACCCGUCGGAUCUGAAAAGGGCAAACUCAGGCGGCCAAAUGUAGACAUUGAGACGAUGAAACCAAUUGUCUAUGCUGCCGAUUACACAGAAUUCCCAGUCCACCCGGACAAAAAGGCAUCUUCGGGUGGAAAAGCGCCUAUGCCCAAUGGAACCGCGUCGCCGCAUCAUCAAGCUGAAGAGACAGCCGUGGCAGCAACUGGAGGAGCUACAGCCGCAAAUCUGAUUGCAACUCAAACGAACUCAGACCAACAACCACAACCAGCACAGACAACAACACCGUCGACAGCUCCGCAAUCACAAUCCGAACCCACCUCACAACCGCUUCCUCAUCCACCAUCUCAACCCCAACCCGGCCCUGUUCCCGCUCACUCCGUCGCCAUGACGACCGCCAUCGAACAGAAACUGGCUCAGGAGUCAAUUUCCACCAUCCCGCCCACCGCCAACGGCCAUAUGAACGGCCACACCACGGCUCCAGGAGAAGGAAACCCCGAAGUGCUUGUGGCGAGUGACACGAGUAAAGGGCUGGCAAUUGAGGCUGAGAAAUUGAAGAUUUCAGAGGCGGGAAAGAGGGACGGGGAGAGCGAGAGGCCCGUCAUGGAGAGAUUUGUGACCGCCACGGAGGUGUAA